AAAGAAAUGAAUAAAUCCAAUGAACUAAAAAUCAAAUAAAUGAAAACAAAAACAUUAAAAGAACUUGUUGAGGAAGUUAAAGAAAAGAAAGUUAGAAAUAUCCCAACAUUUAAUCAAGAAAUUGAUCAAUUUUUAAAUGGAGGAAUUUCAUUAGGUGAAAUAACACAAAUAGUUGGAUUUCCUGGAAGUGGAAAAUCACAAUUAUGUAUGCAAAUAGCAUGUAAUGUUCAAUUACCUGAAGAGAUAGGAGGAUUAAAUUCUGAAUGUAUUUAUUAUGAUUCAUAUUCACAAUUUUGUAUUUCUAGAGUUCAAAGAAUGGCAGAGUGUAUAUGUGCUUCAUACCCAGAAUAUAAACUUAAUGUAAAAGAAAUACUUGAAAAAAUUCAUGUAUAUCAGCCACAUGAUAUUGUGAGUCUUUGUUCAUCACUUUUAUCAAUAAAUAAUAAAUUAAAUAAGGUAAAACUAAUAAUAAUUGAUUCAAUACCUACAUUUUAUAAGAAAGCUAUGUGUAAUGAUACAAUUAGAUUAGCAGCACUUCAUCGAAUAAUUCAAAUUCUCUCAAUAUAUUCAAAUAAAUAUUAUUUAUCAGUUGUUAUAGUAAAUCAUUUAACAACAAAGAAAAUUAAUAGUAAUUACACAUCCAUUGAUUAUACUCAAUCAGCACCAUUUCUUACAUAUUUUUUAAGGAAUGGAGGAGUAAUAUUUACAUCAUAUAUUAAAAAUUCUAUAUUUCUUUAUCAAACAGAAUCAAAAUAUAAAGCAAUAAUACAAACAACAUCUCGUUUACAAAAUGGUAAUAUUCCAUUUGAAAUUACAGAAGAUGGAUUUAGAUAA